AAUGGCGGGCGCGUGUGGCGGCCGUCACCGUGGCGACGGGGCCGGUCCCGGGGAGGCGGUGAUGGGUUGACAGGUGCGUGACAGUCGGGAGCUUCUCCGCAGGCAUGUACGGCAAAGGCAAGAGCAACAGCAGCGUCCCGUCCGACAGCCAGGCCCGCGAGAAAUUAGCACUGUAUGUAUAUGAAUAUCUGCUCCAUGUAGGAGCACAGAAAUCAGCCCAGACAUUUUUAUCAGAGAUAAGAUGGGAAAAAAACAUCACACUGGGGGAGCCCCCAGGAUUCUUGCAUUCCUGGUGGUGUGUGUUCUGGGAUCUCUACUGUGCAGCUCCAGAAAGACGAGAAACAUGUGAACACUCGAGUGAAGCAAAAGCCUUUCAUGACUACAGUGCUGCAGCAGCUCCCAGCCCAGUGCUAGGAAACAUUCCCCCAGGAGAUGGCAUGCCAGUAGGUCCAGUACCACCGGGGUUUUUUCAGCCUUUCAUGUCGCCCCGGUACCCUGGAGGUCCAAGGCCACCUCUCAGAAUACCCAACCAGGCCCUCGGAGGUGUCCCGGGGAGUCAGCCCCUCCUGCCCAGCGGGAUGGACCCCACACGGCAGCAGGGUCAUCCAAACAUGGGUGGGCCGAUGCAGAGGAUGACUCCUCCAAGGGGAAUGGUGCCAUUAGGACCACAGAACUAUGGAGGUGCCAUGAGACCCCCUCUGAACGCUUUAGGUGGCCCGGGGAUGCCUGGGAUGAACAUGGGUCCUGGGGGUGGUAGACCUUGGCCAAACCCAACCAAUGCCAAUUCUAUACCUUACUCCUCGGCCUCUCCUGGCAACUACGUGGGUCCUCCAGGAGGUGGAGGGCCACCAGGAACACCCAUCAUGCCUAGUCCUGCAGAUUCAACCAACUCUGGAGACAACAUGUACACUUUAAUGAACGCUGUGCCACCUGGGCCCAACAGACCUAAUUUUCCACUGGGGCCAGGCUCAGACGGACCCAUGAGCGGACUGGGUGGAAUGGACUCACAUCAUAUGAAUGGAUCAUUAGGCUCAGGAGACAUGGACAGUAUUUCCAAAAACUCUCCCAGUAAUAUGAGCAUGAGCAACCAGCCUGGCACUCCCAGAGAUGACAGUGAGAUGGGUGGAAACUUCCUAAACCCCUUCCAGAGUGAGAGUUACUCCCCUAGCAUGACAAUGAGUGUGUGACCUGUUCACAAGUGUCGCCAUGAAGACCACAGUGAGUUGGCCCUCUCCAGAGAGCUACUGCAGAAGAAAAUUAUUCGUCCCAGUGUACAGUUUAACUAAAGGAUCUCAGACACAAUCAGACCCACCCGUUUUGGUUUUUUUUUCCCUACCAUCUCCCCCGUUUUGUCAAGACAGUGGGUCCCAGACAUGCUUGAGACAACUGUAAGGAGUGGCAUGCGACAAGUGCCCGAGGUGGAGCUGCCAGCGCUGUCUGUGUGUGUACAUGUGUGGGUCGGCGUGGGCUGUGUGUGUGUGACACACCAAACACACACACACAGACCCCAGGACACUGUAAAAUAGGGUCACAUCACAUCGUACGUAGAAAUCAGAAGUAGGGACUUUUAUUCCAUUUCUUUUCGUUUGUUUGGUUUUUUUUUUUUUUCACGUUUACAUUUUAAUUAUUAAAAUUUGCUUUCCCUCUCCCUUCCUGAACUGUUCUAUGUUGCAUAUAUCACUGCUUUAUAAGUUAUUUUUUAAGUUGAACUCAAAGGAUAAAUUCUUUUGGUUUUGUUAGUGUCUGCCAUCAUGGAUAGGAAUAAAAUUGCUUAUACGAGCUUUCAUUACCUUGUGUUUGAUACCAGCUACCCUGUGAAUCACAAAUUGUACUGUCUCAAGAAAUAGAAGAAAGCUCAUCUUAAUUUUUUGGAGAAAUUUAAUAACUUCCACCUAGUUUGGGGAUUUUUUUUGAUACUUUGCCUUUAAGAGAAAAAAAAAAAAAAGCACUGAAGGUUAUUUUUCUUCUUUAAUUGAAGCCUAAUAUCUGCAAUAUCUAUUUUAAAUGGAAGCCUGAAUUUGAUACAAGCUUCUCAGUUUAUAUAGAGUACUAUAAGGUUACUGUAAGUGAGCUCCAAUUGCUAUAGAAUCUAGCAAUAAAGUGUCAGGGCUUCUCCUGCCCUUGGAA